GCAUCAGGUCAGCCUUGAGCCAACCGCCGCUCGCGAGUGACGUGCGCUUUGCUGCUACGUUGCUAAAAUUUCGCGCUAAACUGUUUACAUACGGAAUUUGAAAAUGAGAUAACGUAUUCUCAAAAGUGCAGUGUUGCAAUAAAAGGUGUUGUGACUCGAAUUUGGAAUAGUGUUGAAUUAAAGUGCUAACGGGUUGUGUUGUGCGAACAGUUAAGUUUUUAAGUUAAGUAAAAACAAAAGUGUUAGCAAGAUGGGAGCGUAGGAUUUGUUUAAGAAGUGUUAAUCAUUGUUUAGAAAGUUGCCGCAGCGCCAUGGGGACCAGCAGAGUGCUUUCACCGUUUACUUUGUUCCUGUUAUGUGCAGCGGUCACUUGGGCGGGCGCCGAAGAUGAAAGCCAUGACGCGCGCGAAGGCGACGAUGUAACGCUCCGCUGCCGCUUCAACUUCGAGCCACUCGCUGGAGAAUCACCCACGUACUACUGGGUGCGAAGCACUGCUAGCGGACACGACAAUGUCGCUAUCAAGGACACGCCACUCGAGACUAACUACCAAAUCACGUUUGCGCCGGCUGAAGGGCGUUACGACCUGUCCGUGUCCAACGUGUCGUACGAGCGGGACAAUGGACGCUUCGAGUGCCGGGUGAAAGCGGGAGGGUCGGGGCGCACGCUGCACUCGCAGGCGCACGCGCUGGUCGUGCUCACGCACCCUCGUGCACCUCUGCUCUCGCCUGGCGCGCACGCUAAUGCGCAAGAGGGAAGGGAGAUCAAGCUCGCAUGCUCGAGCUCGGGUGGAUCGCCGGAACCUGUGGUCAAAUGGUACCGCGACGGUUCAACCUACCCGCUUGAAGCGAACAUGACGCACGCACGCACACGCGCCGAGCCUACCAUAGCAACAUUAACACUCACACCGACAAGGGACGACGACGAUGCUGUGUUCCGUUGCGUAGUCUGGAACCGCGCUAUGCCGGAGGGCCAGCAGCUGGAUGCUACUGUUCAGCUUAGUGUAAACUAUUUCCCUCGAGUCGAAGUCGGCCCCGAAAAUCCGCUGCGAGUAGAACUCGACGGCAGCGCCACCAUGGAGUGCAAAGUUGAUGCCAAACCGAAAGUCAACUCCGUCACCUGGAUGAGGAAUGGCAAAUUUAUAUCCAACUCCUUCACUCACACUAUCCAGGGUGUGACCGUGCAGGACGCAGGCAAAUACUCCUGCUCCGCUGACAAUGGACUGGGGCGCUCCGGCGAGCGAGAAAUCUUCGUCGAUGUCCUAUACCCACCCACCGUCACCGUCGAGUCCAAAACCUUUGAGGCUGAAGAGGGCGGCACCGUCAAGAUCCACUGCGAAGUGUCCGCCAAUCCUGAACCCAUAUCGAUAGAAUGGACCAUGGAAGGCAAACCUGACUUCAAACAGAACGGCAACGAUUUACUGCUGACGCGCGUGAACGCCGACAUGGCCGGCACGUACGUGUGCCGCGCCAUCAACGUCAUAUCCGCGACCAAUGGGAAGCGAGUCGAGCGCGCCAGCAGCGCGUCUGUAGCUGUACUGGUGCGCCACAAGCCCGGCCCCGCACGCGUCAGCCCCGACCGACCAGUAGCACAGGAGGGCGCUGGUGUCACCCUCACUUGUAUAGCGCGUCCGCCCGGCUGGCCCGCGCCCCAAUACCGCUGGUUCCGCGACAUCGACUCCGCCGACGCCAAACCCCAAGUGCUCGCCACUGGCAACAAAUACACCAUCCCGAGCGCCCAUCUCGGCAGCGAAGGCGUCUACCACUGCCAGGCCACCAACGAGCUCGGCCACGGCGACCUCGCCUCCGUAACUCUCGAAGUCCACCAGCCCCCCAGAUUCCAAGCCAAACUCCAGCCCCACAUGACAAAGCCCUCCGGCGAACAAGACUUCUCCGUAACUUGCAGUGCGCUCGGCAAACCCCGCCCGAACAUCAAGUGGUACAAAGACAACUCCGAGAUCAAACUCGACGGGAACUUGUACGAAGUCAAAACUGAUAUCACAGAGGGCAGAAACUCUGUUUACAACGUGCAGAGUACGCUGAGAUUCUACGGAAAAGCGCGACCGAGCACUAACGACCUACUGCCGGAGGAUAGGGGGAUAUAUUCGUGUACGUUCGAGAAUGAAGUCAAGAAAGUCGAGUCCACUAUGCAUCUGCGGAUAGAACAUGAACCAAUACCCAUCAAGCAACAGAAAAAAGUAGCAUACGACGUUAAAGAAGUCGCCGAAAUCUCAUGCCGAGUGCAAGCGUACCCCAAGCCAGAAUUCCAAUGGUUCUACGGCUCAAACACGGCCCCACUGCAAAUGUCUUCCGACGGACAUUAUGAAAUAAACACUAGUACAGACAACAAUGAUUCCUACUUCAGCGUGCUGAAGAUAAGAAAUGUAAAACCACAGGACUAUGGCGAUUAUUACUGCAACGUUAAAAACUCCCUUGGCAGCGUGCGACCACAGAUAAAAUUACAACCUAAAGGCGCGCCAGAAACGCCUAAAGCGCUCACUAGUAAAAAAAUCGGUCCUAGUUACGUGACCCUUCAAUGGGAGGCUGGAUUCGACGGGGGGCUGUCAAGUACCAAAUACUUCGUGAUAUACAGGCGUGUGGGAGCCCCGGGCGCUCCGGGGGCUUCGGAUUGCGUGGCAGAACGCACGGCGGCACAGGACUGGAUGGAGUAUGACUGCGGGCGCUCCAAUCCGUGCAAUGUGACGAGAUUGGAUCAGCACAACUCUUACUCUUUCAAGGUGAAAGCCGUAAACACGAAGGGACAGAGCAACUACUCCAACGAACUGACGGUGACCACGAAGGUGGACAAGAUACCAGCGCCAGAGCAGGUCACUUACGAGCCGAGCUCCAGGACUGUUGCGUUCAGCGUCGGGUCCACUUGCUUACCGCUGGUGGGAGUCGCAGAGGCGAUGCAGCCUAACCAUCAUUGGCAGGUCCUAGACACAGUACCCCUCCGCCUGUCCGGCGCCGCGUCCACGGCCCAAGAGGCCGUCUUGGAGUCCCCGGCGCCUCGGGGCUCCCGGCCCGAGGACCCGAACCCUCGCUUGCGGCUCAAGCUGUGUCUCCAGGUCAACCAGGAGGUCUGCAGCGACUACACUGAGGCCGACAUCGGUCCACCCUACAUCAAAGAAGCAUCAUCAUUCAGCACAGCGACGCUCGUCGCCAUCCUCAUCUCCUGCCUAGUCUUCCUACUCUUCCUAAGUCUACUCUUCGUCUUCUGCCGUUGCAAACGCAACGAGAACAAGAAAGAGACAGCUAAAGAUUAUGAGAUGGAUUCUAUGAGACCAGCGAUGGUUACGCCCCAGAAUCAAGCGCCCCCGCCUUACUAUCCUAGCUCUGGGAUGGAGAAUAAGGCAUUAGAACAUUCUAUGGAGCUAGCGCUAGCUAUGGAGGAUUCUAAGAGUGCUGUUUACGCGUCGCAGAGCGGUUAUGGAUAUCAUUUAGCGCCGCAUCAGACGAUGCCGCACGGGCAACUGCCGCCGCAGUCACAUCCGCAGAACAUGACCAACACUGACUGGGUGAACAUGGGCUACAUAGAGAACAGCUACACGAACAGCAACAACGGCGGCAGCGUCAACUCGCAGGACUCGCUGUGGCAGAUGAAAAUGGCCGCCGCCAACGGCGCCAUGCCUUCACACCCGCCUCACCAGGUACUCGACCGCCAGAGCCACUACGGUUACGACGCGCACGGCUACGGCGCCAUGGACGACUACGCGCCGUACCCGCUGGCCGCGCCGACCGCCGACUGUCUGCGCUCGCAGAACCCGAGCCGCCAGGAGUACUGCUCGGACCCCUACGCGCAAGUGCACAAGCCUAAGAAGCAACAGCAUAUAGAAUCCCCUUAUCAUGAGGUGAGCGGUCUCCCAGAGUCGUACGGCGGCGAAGCAGGCGGUGAAGACAAGCCGCCGCACCUAUCCCUGAGCUAUGACGAGUCCCUUGAGUCCGGGUACUCCACGCCCAACUCGCGCGCGCGCCGCGUCAUCCGCGAGAUCAUCGUGUAGCCCCGACCCCGCGCAUGGCGACCCUGCCCGCUGUAAGCCUAGCAUUCACGAUGUACGGUAAAUUAGCGCUUGAUAAAGCUGCUUUAUACGGCGCAUACAAAUUGGUCAUUGUUAAACCUUUUUACGAGAUAAGCUCUGUUUUUAUGUUUCGGAUAUUGAAAUUACUGUUCUUUUGAUCAAUCUACUACCUAAUUUGGCAACUUUUGUACAAAAAUUACAGUUAGAUUGGCCAAUCGAACAGUCUUGUUAGUAGGUAUCCGGAACACAAAAAAAAAACAACAUAGUCACUUGUGUCUUUGUGUGAACGCUGGGGUUCACACAUGUCGAGGCAAUUCGCUGAAUUAGCCUAACUAGCACUAGCGCAUAACUUCGUCCGCGACUAAGUUGCAAGACGAAUAUUUGUUUGACUCUGAAGCUACGUAAGCACCGGACUUAUGCUACAAUCGUGGGUUGAUGUGAACUUAAUUCGCAAUGUAACUGCCGUCCAAGCCCGCUGCCCCACAGUUGUGUCACGAAUCCUUUAGUAGUGUCAGAUUCACGAGCUUUAUAAUGUAGUGUCAAUAUGCCCAAGUGUGAUUUAUGUCAAUUGUGAUAAGACGCCACAUAUGGCGAUCGCUUGUUGUGAAUUCAAUACAAAUUUAUUAUCAAAAUCUAUUCUGAGCGAAUGAAUACGUACAAUCGAAUUGUUUAACAGGCAUUUCGGAACGGAGCAAAUUUCUGUUUGUGAUUGACGUAAUUCAUCCCGCAAAGCUAAGCAGUAACUCGCAACAUUUUUUUCUUUCUGUAUUACUAUCAAAGGAGACUGAUAAGCCAUAUGAAAUAGGUAUUUUAAUGGUGAAUGGAAUGGUUGCGGUCGAAAACUAUUUAUGAGCACGAAUAUUUAGGUAGUUCAUCGUGCGUCCAGAUCCGGCGAAACAUCGCUUGUGCGUUAUUCGCAAGCGAAUGUCGUAUUUGCGCGUUCGGCAGUUUUGGAUGCGCCUAUAAGAUACCUGGGACCGAUUGCAUAACAACCUGUAACUAAUAAUAUUAGCGAAAGUUUCUUUCUAAUCAAAGGAAUUGGAAAGAGACUAUAUUAGUAACAAGUUGUUAUACAACCGGCACCUGUUUGCUUGUUUAAUUUUGAAGUGUGUCGUCGCCGCACCGGGAUUAAUUCCGACUGUCAACCAUUCCAACUCAUCCUCGGGUACUUCGGGUACCCGGAGUACACGCUACGUAAUUAAGCGUUGGUCACAUCAUAAACAAUGUUAAUCUUGUGAAUAAUUAAGGCUCAGUCGUCUGUAUUACACAUCACUUGAACGGAGGUUGUACUUUUACCUUCUUUUAUCGUAGUAUCUAAAAAUUACAGAUGUAUAGGUAUAUUUCCCGUUGAUAUCUUCAAGUUUUAGAAGAUGACGGAGCUGAUAUUAUAGGUAUAAUUUAGUUUGUAAGUUGUUAAUGUUAUGAUCAGAGUAAGUGGGCUAGUUAGUGUAGUUUGGGGUCUACGAGUACGUCACGUCGGUAGUUCUAAACCGUUUCCCUUACUUUUUAAAAUUUAGGACAUUAUAUAUAAUUUUUUCUUAGAAUCUCGAGUUAUUUUGACGCUAAUUGAAGAGUGCAGACAAUUUACGUAGUUACAAUUUCCAUUAAAAUGAAAUAAAAGUGGGGGUACGGAUUAUAACAGAGCGGCCCACGCUCGUCUGACAGGACCGUAGUUAAAAUAAGUAUGUUAAGAUUGCGUUAAUGAGCUUACUAUUGAAUUUAUAAUACGUCAGUCUCGAUGUCAUAUGACGCACGAGGUGAAGACUGUCAUAGCUGUAACGAUAGAUAGGUUUUCCAAUUAUUUGUCUCAUUUACGCCUAAGAUCUUAAUAGGAUACAUCGGUCUAAACUGUGUAAAGUCAUAUUUCCACAUGUGUAAAUAGGAUGCGUAAUUAUAAGUCUUCUUGUCAUUCUCUAUUGAGGCAGCUGUAUUUAAAAUAUGUUUAAUGUUUGUCAAUGUUCAAUUUGUGUCUGUUUAUGUUUAGAAAUAUUCCACUAUCUGAUAUUAUUAUUCGGUGAGUAAAUCCAACUACUUAUUACAUUUUGGUGUAUAAAUUUAACUUAGUCAUUUGAUUUAAAUACUCUUGUUGGAUCUUAACUUGAGUGCCAUCAAAUUUUACUCGAGGUAGUAAACUCAAAUACCUGCGACGGUAAAAAUGAUAUUAUAUUUCUAUACUUAUUAUAGUUUGUACUCAAGAAACUGCCACGAACGUAAUAUUAAAAUGUGCACUAUUUAUAUUAUCUCAAGCAAUUUUUACGUAGUUAAAUUAAAUUCUAGAAUGUUAUUGCCGCUUCAGACGUAUGUAAGGAAUUUGAUCUCAUAUUCACACGCAAUCAUUAUACAUUAUUGCAACUUUAAAACGGAAGCACCAACUCGCAUGCGCUUGUCAAAUUUUAAGAUUAUGCAAUGAGUUCCAAGUUAUAUGUUUAAAACAGUACUUUAACUUUUAAAAUCUAAAAGUCCAAUUAUGAAGUGAGUUAAGCAGCAGCGCUCGCAAGUUUUCUGCUAUCAAAAGCUAGUUCUGCUAAAGUUUGAACUGGCCUGCAGUCGCUGUAUGAUGCCUUUGGAAUUUUACGUUUGCCACUUAAGUACGUUGCUCGACACUCAUGCAAAUGAGCGAUUUGCUCAAUUUUGUACAGUUUUUAUAUAUUUUUACUCUGAAUCGAUCUUGAUAAUAAAAGAAAAACUUGAUCGGACGGAACGAUUCUGAGUAAGAAGUUUUUACACAUAUAAUAUGGAAAUCUUUCUAAUAGGCUCAAUAUAACUCUACCAAGCCAAUUGGACAACUACAACGGGGCAGUUUUUUUAGACAUCUUAGCUGCUUAGACUUAUCCGUCAGUGAGACAAUAUUUUGUAAGCUACCAUCACCUAACGCAAUAUUAUCUAAUUGGCUUGGACGACUUAUUAAGCCUUAAAAAUCCACAAAUUGAUUAUAAAGUGCACACGUUUCACGCCAUUAAACAGCUCAUUCAACCAUUGAUACGAGCACUUAAUUAAUUACUUACAUUACAGGUUGAUUGUUUCAAUACGUACUCAGUAUAUUGAUGCUCAUUAUAAUUACUUAAUACAAAUAUCAAGCACAAUUUGAUAAUUUCAUUAUUGUGUUACCUCUGUCCAAACAUGUGCCAAAAUAUGGAACAUUUUUAUUAAAGGACUGAACACAUAGCCGGGAUAUAUAAUAUUAUAUAUCUAAUGGGAUAGGUUGAGUAACGCUUCUAGGGACAGAAAUACAAGAUAACCAUUCAUGUAUAAAUGUGCGUCUUUGAUGUGUAGAAUAAGAUACUUUGUGGCUAACACGUCGGCCUCUGAUGUGUGUAAUUAUGAAUCUUCUCAAAUGAUUUUUACGCCUAAGACCCUAAUUGUUUUUUUGUUUUUUUUUUUAGGCAACAAACAGUCAUAUACAAAAAUGAUGUAAUAAUAAGCAAUGUGUUAAUAGACCUUGAGUGCCCUACCUUAAUUAAAUAAUUUCUAAUCUAAAGUAGCUAGUGUAGGAGCAGUAAGCGGAAAACAAAGUAUAUAGUUAUGCAAAAUCCAUUGUUUCGGCCAUUGUGUCUGAGCGCGUGCCACUUUUGUUUAACAGAUUAGGGUCUUAGGCGUAAAAUCAUUAUAGAAAAUUAAUACAAGUGUUUAACCCAAAAACAUCAAGCGGCUCGUCAGCGUCAUCCCGUCGGCUGUGUGAUCACUUCUUUAAUCUAAGGCGUUGUCCACAGUGUGCGACUGAAAACGUCAAGAGCGAUAUGCCAUGCCACGCGACGCUAUUCUGUACCCAUCCCGUCGCAAAGCUGAUUAGAUUUGAUAAAGUAAAUAAAAUAACUUCAUUUAAUAAAAAGUGUAAGAUUUGUAUCAUAACGGUUCAUUCAUAAUUGGGCCAUUUUAUUUAAACACUUUUUUCUCCUAUUAAGAUCAAGAGCUCGUUAUUCUGAGUAGGAACCAUAUAAAAUUAUCAAAUUUGAAAAAAAAGUGUAGUGUACAACUUUGAAUAAAAUAACAGCCCAAUACCGGAUAUUAUUAUAUUCUUAAACAUUUUCACAAUCCUUCUUGUCGCACACUUCGCACUAAGUCCUCGCUCACUUUGGACAACGCGCAACCCAUCGUAAUAUUCUUACUUCAACCCAUGACUCCUAGAGAUCAUUUGUUUAAUACUUCACAUCAUUAAAUAUUAGAAAUGGGCCCACCUUAAAUGUAAUGUGAAAUAAAGUAUAUUUUUAUUGAAAUUAUUAGCUAGUUAUGACGAUUCUAAACCGUUACGCAAACUUCGUCUAUAUUCACCCACACGAUUGCUUUGUAUGAGGAUACGAUCAAUUUAUAACACAAUUUUCAACUCGGCAAUCCUGACAAAGGCAGAGUCCUUUAGCAUACUAAAGCAAAUAAUGUCUAAUUCUCAUGAAGUUAGACAGCGAGCUAAUUUAAUUCACACUAGACGUAUUUACUUUUAGAGUUUAUAAUAUUCUCUUAAUUUGCUACUUCUCAGGAAAUUUACGGUAGGUAGUGAAAAGGGAAUCAAGUGAACUUAACAGAUUGGAUUGUGCAGUGUUUGGAUUGGCAACUACACUGAGCAAUUAUUUCAUGUCAAGACAUUAUUUUUUAAAUUAAAACCAAUACCUGAAAUUCUUUAGACUAAAAAAAAUUAAGUCUAACAAGUUUGUCCCUAUCAUUUUAGUAUUUGUGUUUACAAAGAGAAUUUAAGAAAAGUUUGCUCAGUUUUAUGGAAAAGGGGUUAAUAAUCCAAUGUUUAAUUUGCAUGUGUAGCGUAAAUUUGAAUUAAUUAAUAUAUCACGGCAGGAUUGAAGUUAGUUGAUAAGUUUGUAAAGCGGCGGCUCCGACGGCUCCGACCACUUCGGGGACGAGACGGUCGACCCACGGAUGCCUGACCUUGGGGCCAUUUAGGAACCGAGUAUAGGUAUUAUAUUUUACAUUCAACUAACCGGCAUUUAGUUUAUUGUUGGUAAAUCGGUUUUUGCCUUUUAAAAGGUACUCUGCGUAAAUGAUUUAAUACAACGCUAUUUCAGUAUUAUAGGUAUAUCCUCCUGAGACCCCGGUACAAAUGUUUGUACAUAUUUCACAAUCUAUUUUGAACUUUUAUAGAAUAACAGAGUUCCAAAUUCAAAAACAAAAGAACUGCUUUUGGGUCUCAGGGGGUUAAAUAUGUAACAUCCCCGUAAAAUAUUUAUUCCAUUUAUAUUUAUAUCCAGUUUUCUCGCAACUUUUUUUCGAGAGUGAUUGGUAUAUUUCAUAGCUCAUAACUAAGUACAUUAGGUACUGUGAAUCUUUAGAAAUGCCAAGCGGGUCGUUAUUCAAAGUAUAUUUCUAAUUUCAAUCCUCUCUGAAACAGCCACCGGCAUGAGCAUUUCUUUCUUGUAAAAUCUAAUUUAAAUGUCACUGGGAUUAUUUGUCAGAGAUUGCCCGAAAUUGCUAUUCGGAGAUAAGCCGCGCUGACAGCUUUAUUGAUUACUCUCACUGAAAUCGCUGAAUAUCAUAAAAAUAUAAGAUAAACCAUUUAUGUUCUCUUUGUGAAUUGGACAAUAAACCUGCCUGCUAAGGAAAAACGGUAAAGCCCAAUACUAGCGAGAAGAGACCCUACAAUGGUAUAGUAGAUUGUUAACUAAGGGGUGAAAUGAUGCCUUACACCCGAUUUAAACACGACUUUUCAGUUCGAAUACGAGGAAAGUAAAAUACAUGUGUUUUUUUUUAAACAUGACCAAGUAUAAAUGUUUAUAGUAUUUCUUAAGGGUACUUUCAGUUAACAAUUUAGGCAAAAGUAUCGUUAUUUAUGAAAUAGAGAGUGAAAUAUCAGAGUGGAAAUUGUAUAACAAAUCUAUUUAAACUCAAAUUUCAAUUGCUUAUCGAAAAAAAUUAAAAAAAAAUCGUAAUUCGAACGUAAAAUGCUCUAGUGCAGACACGUAUCUGCACACCUUUUAGAACAAUAAUGACCCUCUUUCAGAGCAUGAGAAAAUGAAAACAAUAUUUCUUAUUCGUUUAAGUCCGUGGGACUGCGAGCGUUUAAUAGCUCAUUAAAUUUUAUUAUAAAUUUAUUUUGUGCUAAACAUUCGUGUGGGUGUGGUAUAGGCGAGUGCUUUAUAAGGUUAUUUUAUUAAAUAUUAUAAGCUCAACCAGGAUAAGUACGAACGUAUAUGGCAUAAAAGUGUUUUCUUAAGAAUUAUAAAAAGAAGUGUAUUGACAGUUGUAUCCGCGACAAACUUUCGAAAGUGAGAUGUACUAAAUGCGUUCACAUUAAAACUGCAUCUGUCCAUUUAUUGUUAUUUAAGAGAAUGUCAAUUUAACCUAUAUUCGUAAUUAUCCCGGUUGUCUUAAACGGCGUCGCGCCAAUUUUGUAUUAAAAUGUUAGAAACACAAAUAUAAGUACGUUAUAAUAUUUAAGCCAUUUAUAUUUUACGUGCAUUAUUCACGAUAUCAGAGACGAGUGAAUAGACUGCUAAGCUUCAUACAAAGCAGUAUACCUCUAAAUAAAGAAUUAAAAAACCGGACAAGUGCGAGUCACGAUACAGCCUGGUGACAGACAGACGGACAGGCAGACAGACGGACAAUGGAGUCUUAGAGUCUCGUUUUUCCCUUUGGGUACGGAACACUAAUAAUUGGGUCCUGUUUUUACUAUUUGGGUACGGAAUCCUAAAAAACGCGUCACUGUAGAUAUCUCAUUCCCACAUUUUAUACGGUGGCCGCUAGUUUAUAUUUUAUAUCAAAUCUGAUCUGAUCAUACUCGUCUCUAAAAAAUUGCGAUUAUAAUUAAUUGCUAUCUUUAUUUCUUCAACUAUAAAGUCUACAUUGAAUCUACUUAUUUUUAUUAGUUAGCAUUUUGUAUAUUUUACAAAUACUUAGUUUUAAGGUUCCGCAGUACUUACUUAUCGAUAAACGUCAAAGAACGAAAAUAAGCCAUAUUUUAUAUUUAAGUAAGUAAUUUUACAAAUCCAAGACAUUCAAUUUGAUGUAAUCUCUUACAUGUAUUGUACGAAUACGAAAUCAAUUGUAAAUAUUAUGAAUUGUAUAAAUAAAUUGAUUUUACGUG